AAUUAUGGCCCUCUAGGGAAGCAGAGCAUAGUUGCCAUUUAUGGUUCCCAGCAAAUCCUGGCAAUGUGUGAGAACGUCCCCUUGCAGCCUCCCUGUGAGUUCCAGGGGCUGUUCCCUGCUGAGGAAACAGGGGAGGAAAAUAAACCCAAGCCAAGCCAGCCCCUUGUUCUAGUGAGUGGCUGGGAGGAUUCCACAGCUGGAAACGUGUCCUGCCAGACUGUGAGAGAGCACUCAGUGCCUCAGCAGGCAUGAGCCUCAAAACUGUGCUCAUCCUCCUUGGUCUGGCCUUAGCCACGAUCUUCGCUUUGGUCUGCGUGCUGCUGACCAGGGAAAGGAGCCCCAGAACCUGCCAGCACCUGCCCCCGGAGCAGGAGGACACAGAGGAUGGCCAGAGCCUGGUGUUUGCUGACCUGAGCGCCGAGGAGAUGUCCCAGGUGGUGCGGUACCUGCAGGGCCACCUCGGGGUGCCGCUGGUGGAGGCGUCGCGGGCCAAGCCCUCGGAGAACUGCAUCGCCUGGCUGGACGUGCAGGUGCCCGCCAAGGCAGAGGUGCUGCGGUUCCUGGACGCAGGGGGGGCUCGUCCCCCCCGGGAGGCUCUGGCUGUGCUGUACUUUGGGAAGCAGCCAGAGCCCAACAUCACCGAGCUGGUGGUGGGGCCGCUGCCGAGGCCGGCGUACCACCGGGACGUGACGGUGCACAAGUACGGGGGGAAGGUGCCCUACCACCGCAGGCCCGUCACGGGCAGGGAGUACGCGGAGAUCAACGCCCUCAUCCACAGGGAGCUGAAGAAGGCGCCGCUCUUCCUCACCGCCUGCUGCGAGUCCGACGGCACCGACCUUGUCACCCUCACCACGGCCCCACGGGGAUUCAAGUCUGGUGACCGCCUGACCUGGUUUGUUCUUUUCCACAAUGUGGCUGGCACUGGUUACUACCUGUCCCCGGUGGGGCUGGAGGUGCUGGUGGACCACGGGGACCUGCACGUGUCCCGGUGGCAGCUGCGCAAAGUCUUCUACAACGGCCGCUACUUUGCCAGCACGGGGGAUCUGGAGCAGGAGUUUGUGGCUGGUGCACUGGAGGUGGUCAGACUGAAGCAGCCCCAGGCUGAUGCAGUGCUGGGCUCAAUGAAACCCCGGCGCCCUCCUGGGCCCCCGGGCCCGCUGCAGUUCGAGCCGCAGGGUCCCCGCUACAGCGUCAGGAACAACCACGUCACCUUCCAGGGCUGGAGCUUUGCCUUUGGCAUGAACCCCAACACUGGCCCGCGCCUCUUCGACAUCAGGUACCGUGGGGAGAGAAUUGUCUAUGAGCUGAGCCUGCAGGAAGCCUUAGCCCUGUACGGCUCCAACUGCCCCGGGGGAAUGUCCACCCGCUACCUGGACGGCAGCUUUGGCAUCGGCAGGUUUGCCUACGAGCUGGUGCGGGGCCUGGACUGCCCCUACACAGCCACCUACGUGCACCGGCACUACCUGGCAGAGACAGACACUCCCAAAACCAACCAGAACUCCCUCUGCAUUUUUGAGCACGACUCUGCCCUCCCUCUGAGGCGCCACUUCUCCGACUCACAGUCCUUCUACUAUGGCGGGCUGCGGAGGAACGUGCUGGUGAUGCGCGCCAUCUCCACGCUCAUUAACUACGAUUACAUCUGGGAUUUCCUGUUCCACCCCAAUGGGGCCAUGGAGGUCCGGGUGCACGCCACGGGCUACAUCAGCUCCUCCUUCCUCCAUGGCCGAGGCACUGACUAUGGCAACAGGGUUGGGCCGCACACGCUGGGGACGAUGCACAUCCACCACAUCCACUACAAGGUGGACCUGGAUGUUGAUGGGCAGCUGAACUCCCUGGAGAGCCAGGAUAUGGAGUAUGAGUUUGUCAAAGAUCCCUGGAGCGCACAGAACACCAUUGAGCGGCCGUACCUCCGCAGGGAAAGGCUGGAGAGGGAGGAUGAGGCAGCUUUUCCACUCAAUGUCCCCCUGCCCCGCUACCUCUCCUUUGUCAGCCCCAAUCCCAACAAGUGGGGGCACCCUCGCAGCUACAGGAUCCAGGUCAUCAGCUUUGCUGGGAAGGACCUGCCCACCAACAGCUCCAUGGAACGCUCUGUCAGCUGGGGCAGGUACCAGCUGGCUGUCACCCGGAGGAAGGAGGAGGAGCCCACCAGCACCAGCAUCUACAACCAGAACGACCCCUGGACGCCCACUGUGGCCUUUGCUGACUUCAUCAACAACGAGACCAUCACCAACCAGGACUUGGUUGCCUGGAUCACCGUGGGGUUCCUGCACGUCCCUCAUGCUGAAGACGUCCCCAACACAGUGACAGUGGGGAACAGCGUUGGCUUUUUCCUGAGGCCCUACAACUACUUCAACGAGGACCCCUCAGUGGAUUCCCCUGACAGCGUGUACUUGAGCAGGGAGCAGGAUGCUGGGGCAUGUGGGGACAAUCCCCUCGCCUGCCUGUCCUCUGCUGCCACCUGUGCCCCCCGCCUACCCCCCUUCCAUUUCGGGGGCUUCCUCAACCUCAGCCUGGCACUGCCUCUGGGCGGGCUCUGAUGGGCCAGGGGCUGCUGGGUGGGCACUCAGAGGGUCUCUGUCCCACACCAGGGCCUGCCCCAUCCUGCCCAGGCUGUCCUGUGCUCAGGGAGAAGCUCAGUUCUCAUUUCAGCACUGCAGCAAAGGAGGACUCAAAGCCUCUGAAAAGCAGCCCCUGGGAGUGAUUUUAUUUCAUCCUGGAUGUCACCCUGUGAGCUGUGGGGUGCCCACAGCCACUCCCCUCCUUUAUGGGGCUUCCACCUCCUUGCCAUCACUGGUGCACACAGGGGACAGUGCUGGCUACAGCACAAAGCUGCAGCUGCCCUCGGAGCUGUGCUCCACCUGGGGUUUUGCCCACAGUGGCAGGAGUGAGUGGUGUGGUGCUGCUGUGGAAUGCACAAAACCUCCUCCCCAGCCAUUGCAGCAUCAGGGCCAGCUCUGCAGAGGGAGGUGCUGCCCUGGGCUCGCUGGGAGCUGCUGGAGGAGGCCAGGCUGAGCCUCUGGAUGGGCACAGCCCGGGCUGGGCACUGCCCUGUGUGUGCCCUUCCCAAUA